CGUCAAAUUAAUCAUAUGAUCACUUUUCACAUGACCGAUGGUUAAUCGUCAUCGCCCAUUUUUCGUCUUUUUAUGACAAUUUUUGGGCUAAAACUUACUGAGUAAUUUAGUCCGCAACGUCCACUAGUAAUAGUUUUGAAAAUGGCGUUUUGCCGUUUAGUGUUCCCUAUUUUAGUGAUAAGUGUCGUGUCCAGUUACGCUACUGAACAAGUUCCAGUUUUCUUAUGGGGUGAUUUAAAAACAAAAUCAAUAAAAUCGAAUCCUUUAACGAACGUUCCAAAAGAUACGUUUGAAGCAAUUUUAAAAUCCGAAUUGGAAGACGAUCCCUUCACUGUUAUUUGCAUCGACGAAACUUUAUCAGUCGAAGAUUUUUCACAUAAAAACUCUGAAGGUGAUACAUCAUUCCCGUAUUUACACGCUAACAUAGGAAACGCUUUGUACUUGCCGUCAGUCGAGCAAGCUUUGGACGUCCUGAACCAUAUAGCGAACCCCGAAAAAGUAGAUCAUGUCACGUUAACAGAGAACGGCCUCUCGGCAGAGUUUGAGCCUGUAAGCGGCAAAUUCCUGUUCAUAAACCUGAAAGAUGCUCGCGAGGGUGAGUCCAGAGCCGAUAUGUUACGUCGCCACAACGAUUUCAUGGAAGACAUGUUCACGAAGCUUACUGAAAAGUAUAAAAAUGUCGUCGCUAUCUACACUGCAGAAUAUCCUUCAUGGACAAUUUCUUCAAGUCACUUGAGGGUCCGUCGUCAAGCAGAAAGUGGACAAAUCGAGGAGACAAUGGACGGCCUCAAGUUAUAUGUCAAGGACAUCACCCUCACCGUUGGCACUGAAAAGACAAGCCUGAACAACGUAGCAAGUUACUCAAGCGAGUUUAAUGGCACAACUAUGUCGACCACGAUGAACUUUGGAGAAAAUUCUGUUACAUUGAACUUCUUGCAGAAGGCCGGCUACUGGUUCUUCAAUUCAGUGACUUUAAAACAGACUUCACCGAAGACCUUGAAUGAGGAACUCGCACCUGAUUCCGACGUAUAUGCUAUCAUGGGUUUCUCGUACAGAUGUGGACAGAGUAUUUCGUUCAGCAGCGUAAACAAUACUCAAACUUAUAACAUACUAUUCCAAGAUUUAAAGGUGCAGCCGUUCUUCAGAGAAACUAGUAACACUACACUCGAGUUCGGUGAGUCGCUCAACUGCGUAGGUUUCUUCACCGUGCCCAUUUGGUCCGGUCUGUUCGUCGUCUUCAUCCUGCUCGCCAUCACCUUCUACGGUAUCAUGAUGAUGAUGGACAUCCGGACCAUGGACCGCUUCGAUGACCCCAAGGGCAAGACCAUUACAAUAAACACUGCUGAGUAAAUAAUACAAACGGCCAGUUCCUAAAAUAGUGUUCAUGUUCAUAUAAUUGUUAAUUUUUUGUCCAAAUUAAUUAAUUGCUAUUAAAUUUUGACUUGGCUCCGGCACUUCCGUGCGACCGAAUAAUUUUUAAUUCGAACUGGCCUCAUGUCAAAUGAACACCAAAAUAAGCUAGUUUAGUCGUCGUGUAUAGCUCAAUAUAUUGUAUUAAUAUAAAAGAAAAAUAAUAUUGCUUAUAUUUCGUAACAAUAUUUAAAUGCGAGAAUUUUCGAACUGUCACAUUCUAAUUUCAAAAAUUCGAAUCGUCGCCAUGUAUUUUGCGAUGAAGUUUAUUUCUAGUGGACGUACAAUAAUAGGAUUUGGCGGUAAUGUGAUACCAUAGACAAAUAGACGAUUGUAUUUGUAACGGUUAGUGUUCGAUUUUUGAAAUUAUUUCCUAAUAUUUUAUUAAUCUAUGUGUCUAUGGUGUAAACGAAAGCUUCCAAUGAAACGUAAAUUUCUAGAUUUUUUAAUGAAACCGAAAAUGUGCCUGUUCAUUAUAAACACGUGUAGAUAAAAAGUGUAUAUUUCUGUGAAUUUGUGAUUUAGAUACUUCCUAGAGGUAGCAUACAUUUUUUCGAUUGUACUAUUAAAUUAAUAAAAAAAAAAAAAACGAUACAAAUGUGCACCUCUUAGUAAGGAGAAAGUGCUUCGGACGUUAUUAGCAUUAUUUAUUAAAUGGCCUGAUCUUCCGUGUUAGUUUUCUGGUAACAUCUCUCUCAUCAAUGUAAAACGCAACUUGAUAAUAACAACUCACUGUUCAAACAAUCAUUCUUUAACGUUAUAACGUCGCGGUACAUGGCAACAUCGUUUAACGUUGCAAUGUCGUCUUGUCAAAAAUCGACGUUGCUCAUUGUAAAAAAUAACGUCACGACAUCUAACGUUCCAUUUUGCACAGUAAGACAAGAUUAACUGUAGCAAUUCACGCGUCAUGAUAAAGGCACAAUGAGCUCAACGUAGCCAUGUAACGCUUAACCGUUUCACCUUAACCGCAACGUACCACGUCACGACGUCGUAACGUGUUUCUAUGGUGGCUCUUAUUAAAUUAUUUUAUAAAGAUUGAUCAUGAAUGAUACCGGAAAAUAUACUCGUGGAUAAUUUGUAUAUACGCCGAUUGUGUGUUUAAAGAUGUCACUCAAAUCUGAGUUUAUUUAGCAAUUUACAACGAUUCAAUAAUGUUCCGAGCUUCAAAGUAUAAUAAAGGCGUAGUUUAUUAAAAUAUAAUUGUAAUUUAAAGUGAAAUGAGUGCCCUCCAUUUUAGUGCCAAUCAUUCAUUCCGAUAUUUCGAAUAACUAAAAUGAAAUCUACUAUGAAUUAUUGUAAUGGAUAGUAUUUCUAUUAUUUAAGUGUCCUUCAUAAAGUUUCGCGCGAGCCCCGUUACAAGAUAAAUGUAAUAAAAUAAUAAAAUUAAAAAUCUAAUGUUGAGAGACUUUCGUGCAGUAAAAAAAAAAAAAAUAGUCGUAAUAAAAAUUUGGAGAUUAUUGGCACUUUCGUGCACUCAAAAUUACGAAACAGUAUUUCAUGUUCUAUUUUUGAAUUAAAUCAAAAUGGCUGCCCUAUUGACAAGGAGGAUGCAUUGCUCGCGCGAAAUGUUAGAUUAAGCGAAGUAUAUUUCGAGAAUCAUACAAAUAAUUAUAUAAUAAAAUCAUUGUACAUAUUAUUUUGAACUUCAGUUAAACCGUUUUUAUUUUAUUUUGUUGUUAUUUUGAACAAGUAUUAAAUUUUCAGACCAACUAUUUUGUUUUUUUUUUUCUUAUUUAAUAAAAACUUAUAUUAAGGUGUAUUUGAUACUAGUAAUAGAUAGAUUCUGUUGAAUUGAAAUGUUAAGGAAUAAUAAAGCUUACGUACGUUCAA